AUGGCGCUCAUAUCCGCCAAAACCAUCAUCACCUCCGUCUCCCUCUUCCACCUCACCCUCGCCUACUUCUUCCUCACCAACCCGAGCUCCCUCGAUGGACAGGCCCUCGUCUUCAUGCUCGGAGAGAGCAUGGGAAUGCCCUUUGCCAGAGGCUUCGAAAUACAAAGUCCCCCGCUCGCUUUCCUCGCCGCCGUCCUCAUCUUUAUCGGUUUCAGCGAUCUCGUUUCCCUUUCUAUGCCUGAUGAGGUCUGCCUAGUGUUUCACUGGGGAACUCAAGCUCCCUUGCGAUCGUUCCUCUCCCUCGGCUUCGUCGUCUACAUCUACAUGUUCGGCCCCUCCUCACCCAUGUACGACUCCUCCUCUCGCAGCCGUCUCUCCCACCCGAGUUCACACAACCCAUCCUACCGUCCUGCUGGCUGGGGCGGUGACAUGCUCAAGAACCGCCUGUUCUUUACAUUCAUCUUUAUCGAGACCAUGACCUGGUUCUGGAUCUGGGUCACCCUCCGAGAGGAGCGUGAGGCCAUCAUGAGCAAGAAGUCCAGGAGACGGAGCCAGUCGUACUCCAACUGA